AUGGAGUUACGUAGAAGCAAUGAAAAUUUUAAAUCUAUCACAGCUACACAUGACAAGAUAGCGCAUUUCAUUGUAUUUAUGUUAGAAUCGUGGUUGUUUGUUAAGAUUUUUGCACAUAGAAAAGUGAGAUUACCGAUAAGUUAUAACAGAUCACAACUUCGAGGUUAUAAUCCUUUGGUCGAGCCAAUCGAUAUUGAUUUAGAGAGCAAUAAUGAUCCUAUCGGAAACACGAAUGAUGAGACUUAUGCCGAUAAGUUUCUGUUGGGACUCAUUAUAUGCACUUUACUAGUGGCAGUUGGUAGUGAGAUCAUGCAAUGUAUAUUGACCCAUGGUGCUCGGACCUUUGAUAUAUUAGAUAUAUUGUGCAAUGCAUCGGGUAGUAGUCUUGGAAUCUUCAUAGCAUAUGUAACGGAAACAUAUUUUAAAUGA